AAGUAGUUCCGUACCUGCUUUGAAGAUCUAAGAGAGCUUUUUGUUUGCAUAAGGCAUAAAAGAAGAUGGAAGAAGAUGAGACUUUGCAAGGUGAAAUGGAGAGGGCAGAGGUUGAAACGCAUGCUGCUGCUGAGGUUGGUCGGCGGAUAUCAGUGAGUGAGUUCCUUUGCCACUGCUGUUACGACAUUAUGGUCAAUCCCACCACCCUGAACUGUGGGCACAGUUUCUGUAGACAUUGCCUAGCUUUGUGGUGGGUGUCAUCCAAGAAGAAUGAAUGUCCUGAAUGCAGAGAAAAAUGGGAAGGAUUCCCCAAAGUCAACAUCCUCUUCAGGGAUGUUAUUGAAAAGCUAUUUUCUGAUGCCAUUGAACAAAGAAAAGAAGAUAUUCUACAAAACAGUGAUGUAGCACGCAGUUUAGCAACCUUCCAAAAAUAUGGGAAUGACCAGAUGCCUACAGUUCGGAACACAGGAAGAAUUAAUCCUCAAGGAGGAGGGUUUUUCUCAGGCGUUCUGACAGCUUUAACUUGUGUAGCAGUAGUUCUACUUGGAUAUCACUGGAGCAGCAGAGAAUUUGAAGAAGAUCUUCUUGUCCAUAAGCCUGUUGCUAAAUGGACUGCUGAGGAAGUGAUAAUUUGGCUAGAGCAGUUGGGCCUAUGGGCUUUGCAUUAUAAAGAAAGAUUUUUACUGGAGAAAGUGAAUGGAAGACUCCUCCUGACACUGACAGAGGAGGAUUUCACAAAAGAGCCGUACAGUAUAGAGAACAAUAACCACAGGAAAGCUAUUAUGGCGGAACUGGAACGUGUGAAAGCUUUAGGUGUUAAACCACCACAGAACCUUUGGGAAUAUAAGGCAGUAAAUCCAGGAAAGUCACUUUUUCUUCUGUAUGCACUGAAGAGUUCUCCAAGACUUAGUAUGUUAUACCUGUAUUUGUUUGAUUAUGCAGAAGCUUUCCUACCUUUUAUCCACACAAUUUGCCCCACACAAGAAGACAUGUAUGAAGAUACUGUCACAAAACUAACAGACCUUCAAGAUCCUUCUUGGAAACAGUGGAGAGAAUUUAUUGUAAAGUAUUUAUUUUUGCCAUACCAGUUGAUAGCUGAAUUUGCUUGGGAUUGGCUGGAUGUGCACUACUGGACAUCAAGAUUUAUAAUUGUAAAUGCCAUGUUGCUCUCUGUUCUGGAGUUAUUCUCCUUUUGGAGGCUCUGGUCAAGAAGAGAAUUGAAGACUAUUCCUCACAGAAUGUGGAGACAUUUCUGGAAAGUAUUAAGCCAGGGUCUUUUUGUUGCCAUUUUUUGGCCUUUUAUUCCUCAGUUUGUCUGCAAUUGUUUGUUUUACUGGGCCUUGUACUUUAACCCAAUUACAAACAUUGAUCAGGUGGUUAAAGAAGUAAGGCGUACCGAGACAUAAGUGCAGUGACUGGUAUUGGAACUUUUGAGCUGUUUAGCUUGUAAAAAUGGGCUUGAAAUAAACUUUGGUUUUCAUCUUCAUAUAUGUGGCAGUGAAA